AUGUCUUUUCGUACAAAAUUCAUUGAAUUAUUCAAAGAGAUUGGCGUCAAAUAUCCAAUCGUUUCCGCUCCGAUGGCCUAUGUAACGAGUGUAGAAUUGGCUACACAGGUUACUCGGGCUGGAGGAUUAGGGUUCAUUCCGGCGGGAGUUUCAACUGCCGAGGGUUUAGACCAAGAUCUCACGAGAGCGAAACAUUUGUUUGAUAAUGGCCCUACCGAAAUUCUUCCAAUUGGAGUAGGAUUUUUUAAUUUCAUUCUCGAUUCGCAAACUGGAAGAGACGAAAAACACGUGCCUUCCGCCCUAAAGACCGUCCUCUCCCAUAAGCCGGCCGCCGUCUGGUUCACAUUCGUUGAGUCAGCCAUCACUUCGGCAAACUUGGGAGUGGAUGUCAUUGUAGCUCAGGGAUGUGAUUCGGGUGGUCACGGGUUGGCCAAUAAUGCAAGCGCGCUAACCUUGGUGCCUGAAACAAUCGAUGCCCUCAAUGAUUGCAAGAACGGUCACAUACCGGUAUUAGCUGCUGGCGGAAUUAUGGAUGGACGCGGUUUGACCGCUAUGCUCGUGCUUGGUGCAUCUGGUGUAGUGAUGGGGACCCGGUUCGCAGCAUCCAGGGAAAGUCUUUCAAAACCUGCUGCAAAAGAGAUGCUCGUGAACGCGCGUGAUGGGGGUGUGUGUACAGUGAGAACCAGUGUUUUUGAUAACCUGAAGCAACCAAACAUAUGGCCUAAAAAGUUCGAUGGAAGAGCUUUAAAAAACAAAACUUUCGAAGAAGGUGACAUUGAUUUUGGUGAUGAGGAGAAGACGGCGGAGAGAAGAAGGAUCUACUCGGAUGCGGUGAAAAAUGGCGAUUAUUCUCGCGCGGUGAUUUAUGCGGGAACGGGUAUCGGACUUGCAAAAGAAAUCAUGUCGGCCAAGGAAAUUAUUGAAUCGACGAUGAACGAAGCUAGAACUAUAAUGGGAAGCGUUGCAAAGCUUUAG